AUGCCUCCUCCUAAUGUUCAAGAGGGAGAGAAGCCAGUAGAGAACCAUUUGGAGCUCGUGUUCUUUGUUGAAGAACAUGAGAGUUUUAAAUUGGAGGACCUCCUUGAAGCCACAACAGAUUUGAGAAAUCAGUCCUUUAGCAGCGCCUUUAUAAGGUUACACAGAAGCUUCGGCGUGAUUCUUCUGGAGUUACUAACGGGCAAAACUGUAGAAGGAACUGGGAUAGACCUUCCUAAGUGGGUGACUGCCAUGGUUAAGGAGCAGUGGACGGGGGAGGUCUUUGACAAGGAGGUUGCUAAAGCUGCAAAAGAAUGGGCCUUUCCUCUACUCAACGUUGCCCUCAAGUGUGUAUCAGCUUCCCCUACAAACAGGCCAACUGUUGAAGAAGUUUACGAAAAGAUUGAAGAGGUUAUACAUGACACUCCGAAUUCAUCGGAUUCUACUACUGAGUGUGGUGGCUACCAAGACAACUACUGUAUGCUUCACUCCAUCAUACCUGAGACCUGGGAUACUCCUGGAUCAAACUAUUAA